AUGGAAAAAUCUGGUUCAACCAAUGUAUGUGUGUCGAUAUCAAUAACAUCAAAACAGAGUCUGGUAUACCAGCACGUUUAUGACGCUCUGGUGCUGUUAUCCAAACGACAGCCGAUGCUUCGAGCAGUGAUAGCAACUAUGGCGAAUGGAGAUAGAUAUUUCGAAAUCAAGGAAAUCAAUGAAGUCAUUACAAUGUUAGACAUUACCACUUCUGAUGUAAAGGCUUCUGACUGGCAAAGUGUUUGGUUUGAAUAUACAGCAAAACCGAGAGGGAAUGGUCUGUUAUGGCGAGUCGUAAUAUUACAAGAGGAAUUCAUACCGAAUACUAAAGAUUAUGCAAAUACGUUAAUGUUUAACUUCAACCAUUCCUGUAUUGAUGGCGUGUGCUCUGUGAAGUUUUGCGAGCAAUUUCUUAAUUAUAUGAAUGAACUUGCAAAAGGUACCAGCUCUGCAGACGAAGAAAUUUUAAGCCUUGAUCUGCUGCCAUUUUAUCACGAGAUUGUCACACGGGGACGCAUUUGGCAUUUAUUGUUUAACUUUUUGCUGGCUUAUUGUGGCCUACGACCGAUCCUGAAAUUUUGCAUGGAAAAAAUGAUGAAUCGAGAAUUACAAAAGAAGCCGGAUAAUCCGUAUCAUACACAGUUUCCUCGGAACUCGGAGGUUUCUACUGCUGUACCAUGUCGACUGAGCGUAAAGGUUUUUACUGAGGAAGAAACGAAGGGUAUUGUGCAAGCCUGCAAAAGGAAGAAUUGCUCAGUAACAGGAGCUAUCGCAGCUGCAGCCCAUUUAGCUUUUUGUAAGCUUAUAGGGCCCGGGCAACCAAAUUCUAAAAUGGAGUUAGGAUUGCCGUUUAGCAUCAAUGCACAACGCUUCUGUGAUCCGAAACCGCCCAAAGAAUACCUUGGAUAUUUUGUGUAUGGGUGUGAAAAUAUUUACAUGAAAUAUCCGGCUGGUGAUACUGCAGACUUCUGGAAAUUAGCCCAAGAAACUACGCAGCGAAUAAAGGAUUUUGUUAGGAAAGAAGCAUAUGUAUCCGAAGCGACACUCGUGAAUGGACUACUCAAACCAAGAAAUCUGUUCAAUCUCAGCGUCAGUGAUGAUUUAUUUGUGAAAGGCGGCUGCAAUUUUAUAUCAAGUUUUGGAUGUUUCAAUUUCGGCAAUCGUCAACCUGGGACGUAUAUACUACACGAAUGUUUUAUUAAUGCUCUUACUCAUGGAACGGCUUAUACAUUUUUCCAUUUUAUCCACACUAUUAAUGGUAAAAUGACCUGGCAAUUUACCACUAAUGAUGCAGUACAUACUAAGCACGUGGAGAAAUUUGCUAAUCUUUGCUUCAGUAUGCUGAGUAAAAUGUGA